CAGUUUGUCCGUAUUUAUGGAAAUAAAAAUUAAUUUUACCUCGUCGAUUAUUUAAUGAAAUAGGAAACUAUAAAUAUAGAAACUAUAAAUAUUGUGCAUUGUGCUAGUUUGUUAAUAGUUGGGGUUAAACCUCUAUUCAAAACACUGUUUUAUAACCUAUAAAGAUUUGUCUGUUUAUGUUAUGCUUUACUUGAAUAAAUGGCAGAAAGUAGAGAUUUUAAUGAUAUUCUUGAUGAUAUCGUUUUAAGUGAGGAUGCUCAAGAAAAGGAGAGUUACAAGGAAGGUUUUCAAGCAGGAGUUGAAACUGGUAAUGCAGACGGUUUCCAUUUAGGUUAUCAUAGAGGCUUUCAACUCGGACGUGAACUAGGUUACUACAUGAGAAUAGUUGUACAUCAUUUAGAAUUGAAUGACACAUUAGACCCAAAAUAUUCUGACAAAAUUAUUAAACAAUUGCAAAAGGUAAAAGAUUUGAUUGACGAAUUUCCUCGAACUAACUCUGAGGACCAUGACAUUUUAAAGAUGGCCGAGACUAUCAGAGGUCAGUUUAGAAAAGCUUCUUCAUUGUUGAAAAUUUCAUCAAACAUACCAUAUGAUGCUGGAGUUUCUUUCUAAAGCAAUAA